CGGCCACCCCGGUGACGUCGCGCUGGGGGGACUGCUCCUGGUCGACUAGGGGAAUUUGCCGUGGAAGCGCCUAUAUCACCCUACCUGCCUUCCUAUUUACCCCACUAGACCCCAAUCAAGCUCGCCCGCGUCAAAAACUGGUUCCGAUAGGUCCCAGUUUAUAGCGACAAUAUACAUUUACAUAUUGCCCUAUACGGCCGACUGGCCCCAUGGAACUCGGCACUUCGCCUCACCGAGCCUGAACGGCAGUUCGCGCCUUAAACGGAGAAGUCCGUGGGGCAGCGUGGGGUUCGAUACCCUCUCUCUCCUACUUGCGAAAAGUGUUAUAAGAGCAGAUGGGACGGCGCUCGCGGCUGCAUCCCCGUGUUCCACUGAUAGUCAUAACCUUUUUUCCAGCUCCCCUUGGCGUUGCAUCCCCGGUCCGACAAGGCUGACAACCUCCGUUCGAUCUACCGAUCACCAGUCGACUAGCCCAAAAUGAAGUGGACGGCAAAGUCUGCUUUCCUCGCCCUCUCGGCACUGGCCGAGGCGGCGCCCCAGUUUGGCGGCCCCGGUGGCAUGACCAUGCUGCGGUUCGGCUGCAGCCAGGUCGUCAUUGACCGGAUCGACCCUCUCGUGAACCCCGGCCAGGUCCCCUCGCCACACGUCCACCAGAUUGUCGGCGGCAACGCUUUCAACGUCACCAUGCCCACCGACGAUGUCUCGCAGCACGCCAGCUGCACGACCUGCCAGUUCGCCGACGACUUCUCCAACUACUGGACCGCGAACCUGUACUUCAAGGCCCGCAACGGGAGCUACAAGCGUGUUCCCCAGGGCGGCGCUGCUCUCCAGUUCAACGACCGGUUCAGCACCCAGACCCAGGGUGGUAUCCUGGUCUACUACGUCUCGGCCCAGCCGGGCAAGAUCACGGCCUUCAAGCCGGGCUUCCGCAUGCUCGUCGGCGACCCCAACAUGCGCUCGCGCCCCGACACCAGCCAGAAGCGCCAGAACUGCUACCGCUGCUACACCGGUCCCAACUUUGGCGGUGACACGGGCGCGCCCUGCCAGGACGACCGCGUCGACACCGAGGAGCUGCCCAACAAGGUCUGCCCCGGCGGCAUCCGCACCAACAUCCACUUCCCGACCUGCUGGGACGGCAAGAACCUCGACACGCCCAACCACCAAGACCACGUCGCCUACCCGACCUCGGGCCCGGCCAACUUCCUCUCGCUCGGUGGCAACUGCCCGGCCUCGCACCCGGUGCGCAUCCCGCAGCUGAUGUACGAGGUCGUGUGGGACACGACGCCCUUCAACAACAAGGCCGAGUGGCCGGCGGACGGCUCGCAGCCCUUCGUGCUCAGCACGGGCGACCCGACCGGCCUCGGCCAGCACGGCGACUACGUGUUCGGGUGGAAGGACGACACGCUGCAGCGCGCCAUGGACACCUCCGGCUGCUUCGGCGCCCAGUGCGCCAGUCUGCGCACCCAGAAUAUUGAGGCGGCUCGUGCCUGUGCCGUCAAGCAGGCGGCUAGGGAGGACUAUGAUCAGUGGGUCACCGAGCUUCCCGGCAUGAGCAUGUAAGGUGGUUGAGCUGGUUCAACAGUCGAACGGGAGAGGGUUGGUAGAGGACGGAUAAUUAGUUGCACGAAACACCGCGACGCUCGUUCGAAUGUUGUUCGAGUUAGCGGGCUUGCUUUCGGCACACGGACAAGUUGUAGACAUCCCUGCUUGUGUCAAUUCACUUCUCUCACCGGUGUCAGUUGGUCGGUACCGAGUUGUCGUUUCCCUUACUUUGUUGCCUACCUACCAUACAGCUUGGAUAGUCGAUAGCAUUGGUGUAAGAGAGAAGUCACACUGGUACCCGCGUUGAGUGCCACUCCCAACCUUAGACUUGGCGUUAGGUGAAGAGGGCACAGUAUG